AUGGUCAACUUCACCACCGAGGAGAUCCGUGGCCUCAUGGACAACCCGGCGAACAUCCGUAACAUGUCCGUCAUUGCCCACGUCGACCACGGCAAGUCCACCCUCACCGACUCGCUCGUCCAGCGUGCCGGUAUCAUCUCGGCCGCCAACGCCGGCUCUGCACGUUUCACCGAUACCCGUGCCGACGAGCAGGAGCGUGGUGUCACCAUCAAGUCCACCGCCAUCUCCCUGUUCGCCCAGCUCCAGGACGCCGAUGACCUCAAGGACAUCCCCACCAAGACCGAGAAGAACGAGUUCUUGAUCAACUUGAUCGACUCGCCUGGUCACGUUGAUUUCUCGUCUGAAGUCACUGCCGCUCUCCGUGUCACCGAUGGUGCCCUUGUCGUCGUCGACACCAUUGAAGGUGUGUGCGUCCAGACCGAGACUGUGCUCCGCCAGGCUCUCGGUGAGCGCAUCAAGCCCGUUGUCAUCAUCAACAAGGUCGACCGCGCUCUUCUCGAGCUCCAGGUCUCCAAGGAGGACCUGUACCAGAACUUCUCUCGUGUCAUCGAGUCAGUCAACGUCGUCAUCGCCACCUACUUCGACAAGUCGCUUGGUGACGUCCAGGUCUACCCCGAGAAGGGUACCAUUGCUUUCGGUUCCGGUCUGCACGGAUGGGCUUUCACCAUCCGCCAGUUCGCCUCCCGUUACGCCAAGAAGUUUGGUGUUGACAAGAACAAGAUGAUGGAGCGUCUCUGGGGCGACUCUUACUUCAACCCCAAGACCAAGAAGUGGACCAAGGUUGGCACACACGACGGUCAGCCCCUUGAGCGUGCUUUCAACCAGUUCAUCUUGGACCCCAUCUUCCGCAUCUUCAACGCCGUCAUGAACUUCAAGACCGACGAGAUCCCCACUCUCCUCGAGAAGCUUGAGAUCAAGCUCACCAGCGACGAGAAGGACCUCGAGGGCAAGCAGCUCCUCAAGGUUGUCAUGCGCAAGUUCCUUCCCGCUGCUGAUGCUCUCCUCGAGAUGAUGAUUCUCCACCUUCCUUCUCCCGCCACCGCGCAGAAGUACCGUAUGGAGACUCUCUACGAGGGUCCCCACGACGACGUCAACGCCAUUGGUAUCCGCGACUGCGAUCCCAAGGGUCCCCUCAUGUUGUACGUCUCCAAGAUGGUCCCCACCUCCGACAAGGGUCGUUUCUACGCCUUCGGUCGUGUCUUCUCCGGAACUGUCCGCUCCGGUCUCAAGGUCCGCAUCCAGGGACCCAACUACGUCCCUGGCAAGAAGGAGGACUUGUUCAUCAAGGCCAUCCAGCGUACCAUCCUCAUGAUGGGUCGUUUCGUCGAGCCCAUCGACGAUGUUCCCGCCGGUAACAUCCUUGGUCUCGUCGGUGUCGACCAGUUCUUGCUCAAGUCUGGUACCCUCACCACCAACGAGACUGCUCACAACCUCAAGGUUAUGAAGUUCUCCGUCUCCCCCGUUGUCCAGCGUUCCGUCGAAGUCAAGAACGCCCAGGAUCUUCCCAAGCUCGUCGAAGGUCUCAAGCGUCUCUCCAAGUCCGACCCUUGCGUCUUGACCUACAUCUCCGAUUCCGGUGAGCACGUUGUUGCCGGUGCCGGUGAGCUCCACUUGGAGAUUUGCUUGAAGGAUCUCGAGGAGGACCACGCUGGAGUCCCUCUCCGCGUUUCCGACCCCGUUGUCCAGUACCGUGAGACCGUUGCGGGCACAUCGAGCAUGACUGCUCUGUCCAAGUCGCCCAACAAGCACAACCGUCUUUACGUGACUGCUCAGCCCCUUGAUGAGGAGGUCUCCCUGGCCAUCGAGGCAGGCAAGAUCGGUCCCCGUGACGACUUCAAGGCUCGUGCCCGUAUUCUUGCCGACGAGCACGGCUGGGACGUUACCGAUGCCCGUAAGAUUUGGUGCUUCGGUCCCGACACCACUGGUGCCAACUUGCUUGUCGACCAGACCAAGGCUGUCCAGUACCUCAACGAAAUCAAGGACUCUGUUGUCUCUGGUUUCCAGUGGGCCACCAAGGAAGGACCCGUUGCUGAGGAGCCCAUGCGUUCAGUCCGCUUCAACAUUAUGGAUGUCACUCUUCACGCUGAUGCUAUUCACCGUGGUGGUGGUCAGAUCAUCCCUACUGCCCGUCGUGUGCUGUACGCUGCUACUCUGCUCGCUCAGCCCGCCCUCCAGGAGCCCGUCUACCUUGUCGAGAUCCAGGUUCCCGAGCAGGCCAUGGGCGGCAUCUACGGUGUGCUCACCCGCAGGAGAGGUCACGUCUUCGAGGAGAACCAGCGUGUCGGUACUCCCCUCUUCAACAUCAAGGCUUACCUGCCCGUCAACGAGUCUUUCGGUUUCACUGCCGAUCUCCGAUCCAACACUGCUGGUCAGGCCUUCCCUCAGUUGGUGUUCGACCACUGGCAGGUUCUCCAGGGUGGCUCGCCGCUUGACAACACCACGCUGCCCGGUAAGAUUGUGGCUGAUAUGCGUAAGCGCAAGGGUAUCAAGAUCGAGGUACCUGACGUCAACAACUACUACGACAAGUUGUAA